UUCAAAGGCGUCAACACGUGCCUACGCCAAUGGAGAGAUACAACUCGAGUCACAGGCGACAACCAACAGCAACAGCAGCAACAAUUGCAGCUAGCAACGAGUCCAGAUCCCCGCACGAACGCUUGCACUCGCAGACGUCUGACAAGAUGGAAAUGGAAUUGGUGGCAACACAGACGCAAAAUGAGCAACAGUUGCUGCUGCACCAGCCACGCCAACAGCAACAGCGACAACAAUUGCCUAGCAUGCCUGUCUUGAAUGAAACAGAAAUCGAGGAGCAAAUCGGGCUUCGGCAUCGGCACAAAUCGAAAUCCAAAUCGAAGAAAUCGAGAAAGUCCAAAAAGGAUCCGCAGUCAGAGCACGAGCAAGAGUGCAAGCGAGAGCGCAAAGGUAAGCGAGAGCGAGAGAGAGGGAGGCAGCGCGCAGAGCGGGAGCAGGAUGAUGAUGAGUCGUUCGAUGCGAGUCCAAUGCGUCCGCAUUGGGUCAAUCAAAAGAAACGCAUCUUGGAGCAAUGGAAACACGAGCACUGCGCCGACAAAAGCGAUAACAAUAUCGAUAUCGAUAGCGAUUAUUGAUGGAAAACUAAGUAAAUCAGCCAACAACAAAUGACCAACAACAAUCAACAUCAAAGGAAUUUCAGCAUUUCACCUCCCUCAGGGCUAAGAAGACGUAACAGUAUCACCGAUUGAUGGAUGUAGCGAUUGAUGACGAUGGACCAAGCAGGAGGAGGAGCAUCUAUAAAAGAUACUCGAGGGCACGAAUUAAUUUAAAGCUAAAUGCGAACACCAACAACACCAGCAAUAAAAUAAAUUGGGAAAAUCUUUUUAUGCCGGCAGCACCAACAGCGCUCAACAAAAGGAAGUGGGCGUGGCAUG